AUGAACAUACGUUGUGCUCGACCGGAAGAUUUGAUAAACACGCAGCAUGCAAAUCUUUUAUGCCUCCCAGAAAAUUAUCAGAUGAAAUAUUAUUUCUAUCAUGCGUUGUCCUGGCCACAACUCUCGUAUGUGGCAGAGGAUCAUAAGGGCAAUGUGGUAGGAUAUGUUCUAGCGAAAAUGGAGGAAGAUCCCGAUGAGGAGCCACAUGGGCACAUCACUUCGCUCGCUGUUAAACGAUCAUAUAGAAGACUUGGUCUUGCUCAGAAACUUAUGGAUCAGACAGCCAGAGCAAUGAUAGAAACGUUCAAUGCACGAUAUGUUUCAUUACAUGUGCGCGUGAGUAACAGAGCUGCAUUGAAUCUUUAUCAGAACACCUUGAAAUUCACAGCCAGUGAAGUGGAACCGAAGUACUACGCAGACGGUGAAGACGCGUUAUGCAAUGAAACGAUGUUUGGUUCAGUUUGCCACUGA